AGCGGAGCAGAAACUUUGCUACCCGAGCGCGCAGGCUCCGCGUUUUUCCCCUCCCGAGCGGCCCGCGACGGUGGCGCAGGAGGUGGGACCCGCUGGCGGGAAGGCUCGAGGCACCGGCGCACGCGGAGUGAGAACCUCGGGAGCGGACACCGCUCGCAGGGGCUGCGGAGGGCGAGCCGACCUAGAAGUUCCCGGCCAGGAGAGUUCCACGCCUGAGCAGCCCCGGGCCUGGGGUCUGAGGUUGCAACCUUACGCCCGCUGCUGCGGUGGUCACGGAGAAGCAGCUGUAUCCGAGAGCGGCGUGGGGGAGAACUGCAGCUGGACGGCGGUAGCUGCGGGGAGCAGCCGUACCGGACAUAGCUGUCCCGUACGUAGGGACCCAGGGCCGCACUCCCCUCGCUGAGCCGCUGCGCGAUGGCUGGCUGACUGCGGCCAUGCAGGCUUGAGCGGACGCCCGGGACACGCAAGGGACAACUGCGGGCGCAAGUUUCAGGACUCCGCCGUCGACUCCCCAGCCCAGCGGGCAGAGAAGUAUCUUACCAUGGAGCCCGUGACCAAGUGGAGCCCCAAACAAGUGGUGGACUGGACUAGAGGGUUGGAUGACUGCCUGCAGCCGUACGUCCACAAGUUUGAGCGGGAGAAGAUAGAUGGGGAGCAGUUGCUAAAGAUCUCCCACCAGGAUCUCGAGGAACUGGGGGUCACGCGGAUCGGACACCAAGAGCUGGUGUUGGAGGCUGUGGACCUUCUCUGCGCACUGAAUUACGGCCUUGAAACUGAUAACAUGAAGAACUUGGUUCUGAAGCUGCGGGCAUCCUCCCACAAUCUGCAGAAUUACAUAAGUAGCCGGCGGAAGAGCCCGGCCUAUGAUGGGAACACGUCCCGCAAGCCCCCCAAUGAGUUCCUGACUUCUGUGGUGGAGCUCAUUGGUGCUGCCAAGGCCCUGCUGGCUUGGCUGGAUCGGGCUCCAUUCACAGGGAUCACGGAUCUGUCGGUGACAAAGAACAAAAUCAUCCAACUGUGCCUAGACCUGACCACAGCAGUCCAGAAGGAUUGCCUCGUAGCAGAAAUGGAGGAUAAAGUUUUAAAUGUGGUCAAGGUCUUGAAUGGCAUCUGUGACAAAACGAUGCGCUCUACUACGGACCCUGUGAUGAGCCAGUGCGCAUGCCUGGAGGAAGUUCACUUACCGAAUGUUAGACCCGGGGAAGGCCUGGGCAUGUACAUCAAGUCAACCUAUGAUGGACUGCAUGUGAUUACUGGAACCACAGAAAAUUCUCCUGCAGACAGAUCUCAAAAGAUUCAUGCUGGUGACGAGGUCAUUCAAGUCAAUCGGCAAACAGUGGUCGGGUGGCAGUUGAAGAAUCUGGUGAAGAAGUUGAGAGAGAAUCCCACAGGCGUGGUGCUGCUGCUGAAGAAGAGGCCUACGGGCUCAUUCAGCUUCACUCCGGCCCCGCUGAAGAACCUGAGGUGGAAGCCACCCCUCGUGCAGACCUCACCCCCGCCCACCACAACCCAGUCCCCAGAGAGCACCAUGGAUGCCUCCCUGAAGAAGGAGAAGCCAGCCAUCCUGGACCUAUACAUUCCUCCCCCACCUGCGGUUCCCUACUCUCCCCGGGAUGAGAAUGUGAGUUUCAGCUACAGAGGACACACUAAGAGUAAACAGCCACUGUCUGGGCGCAAGGGUUCCGAAUCCCCUAACUCCUUCCUGGACCAGGAGAGCCAGAGACGCAGAUUCACCAUCACAGACUCUGAUCAGCUGCCCGGGUACUCGGUGGGGACCAAUAUUCUGCCCAUAAAAAUGAGAGGGAAGACGCCGUCCUAUGGCAAACCCCGGCCUCUGUCCAUGCCUGCAGAUGGGAACUGGAUGGGGAUUGUGGACCCUUUUGCUAAACCUCGAGGUCAUGGGAAGAAAGGGGAAGACGCCCUCUGCCGGUACUUCAGCAAUGAGCGGAUUACACCCAUCAUUGAAGAAAGUGCCUCUCCCGUGUACCGGUUCUCUAGACCCCUGACUGAGCGGCAUCUGGUUCGAGGUGCGGACUACAUCCGAGGGAGCAGGUGCUAUAUCAACUCUGAUCUACACAGCAGCGCCACCAUUCCAUUCCAGGAGGAAGGGCCCAAGAAGAAGUCGGCCUCCUCAUCGGCCAAGGCAUCUUCUGGGGAGCCGUCGCUGUUGGUCAGCUGGCUGACUCGCCUCAAGCUGUUGACUCACUGAGGUUGCUGCUCCGCCAGCUUCCUGCCUGUCUCCUGCUAGCAAGUGCCUUCUUCCUCAGUGGACAGCUCCUCCACACUCCUGCCACAGUGCUUCAUGGCGACCUUACUUCAUUCCAUUUUGUUUUUAAGGUUGUAUAUUGCCCUUCCUGGAGUUUUGAAGUCACCAGAGGGCAACAAAUCCGGUGGAUCUUAGGUGCUGUUCGUGGAGGCAGAAGGAAGGACGGACACGGUUUAGUUUUUGCCUUCCCACUGUGGGAACGUGGAGACAUACUCUUUAAAGUGUCAGGAAUUGGCAGCAUUGUUCACUUUUGUUUUCUUGGGCAGCGGGGACUAAAAUUGAUGGGUUUUGUCACAUAGAUAUGUUGGUUUGUGGUCCAACUUCUGUAUCUGAAAAAGCUGAAGGAGGAAAACUUCUGUUUUGAUUUUUUAAAGCUGUAGAGCAUAUGUAUCAGGGUGGCAGCGCCCACUGCAGAGUGAAGUGUCUGAGGCUGUUUGGAGCACGGCUUACCUGCAGGUCAGCUCUUACGUGUGUUCACCCCCGCUUCAGUAACAGCCUCCGUGUAGGGGAGCCCGUCACAAGCUCACGAGCACGCUUUGAUGGAACCUUGCGUAUACAAAGACGUGUGUGCGUUUUGUGAGAGGCGUCGCAGUUACGUGUAUGAGGGAAAGAAGCUAUAAGAUUUGCUGAUAGCCAAAGCGUAGUUCCGGAAGCUGAAGCAACCGGAUUUAGAGGCAUCGGUCAGUUUGCGGUAUUGGCCUGUUUGAUGUCUGUGUUCUAGGGGGAAAAAGCCUACAGGCCUUCCCAGGUGUGCACAGUUUUGCUAGUUAGAAAUAUCUUGGAAGGCCUCAUGGUCACUGAUUUUCAACUAGCAUCAGGUAUUUUGAAAAUGUAUGUCUGGAUAUUAACUCUUGUCUAAAACCAAAUGUACAAUAUUUUGCUAGAAUGGAAAAACCCUUUCUUGUUAAUUUAAGUGUUUUAAAUAGAGUUGUAUAUUUUUCUUACUCUUAGUCACAUGUAAUUGAAAUAUUUCUGUUUUGCGUCAUAUGUGAAACCCAGGGGAAAGAGCAUUAAAUGUUUUCAGAUUUACACGUGACCCAGUGUGGCCGUUGGCAGCCUGGACGCGCAUAUUAAAGAUGGAAAUAAACCCUCCCAAGCGUUUUAGGAUUUUAUGAAUUUGUGGUAGAGGAGCUAAGGAAGCAAACAUAAAUGACACCACAGAAAAGGAAUUUUCCAGGGUAACCUUAGACAGAGCUGUAGCCCGGUAUCCACAUACUGUCCUAGCCGCUGGGGUUGUCCACUGACCUGCCCGAAGUGUGGUUCACAAGAGGGUCACUGGAGUUAAUAAGGCUUCCUCCCCCAUGUAAAUGCCUCUUUGGGGGUGGGGGAGUGCAUGGUAAGGGGCACAGCAGCCACUUCUGCUGGUGCCAUUGUUUUUAUACCCACACCAACACAUUCCCAUCAGUGUCUGGGGCACUUUGAGAAGCCAGUGUGUUGGCCGGGGGCAGGAACCAGAUGCGACAAACAGGGAUAGAAGGGGCCUGUGUGGUGAUUCUUCUGGUACAUAACCCGCAGCCGUGAGCAGAGGAUAGGAAGGGCCUCUGGAGGCAAGCAGGGAGCUAUGCUCGAGGAAGAGUUGGCCCCUGCCAGUUUCCUGCUGGCCUGAGUGGGCUCUGUCCCCAGACCCAUGCUUGCUUUUACUGUCUGGUCUGAAGGAGGGCUACAGUCCCACUGGUUAAUGGUAUUCAGCGCUUCCGACAGCAUGGUUAGUGUGGUGGACAUUUUUCUCUGCAGAAAAUGUCUUCUAAAUUGAAGGAGCGCCCUGAGAAUGAAUUCUCAGAACUCACACUUCACUCUCUUCAGCGCUCAACUCAAAUUAUUACACCAGAUGGUGCCUCCCACACACACUCUUCCUGGAAGCUCUGGAGGAAGUCCAGGCAAAGUUCUGGCUUCCUCUACAGCUUCCGCAAUUUCUCCUUUCUUUGUAUUUUCAUCUGGGGUUUUUACCUGAAUUAUGUUUGAAAACUCUAUUGCUGCUAAAGUUAUUUUGUAAACCUCUGCUUUUGAGAUAUAUAGGUAAUAAUACAUUUCUCAGAAUGGGACUGGGGCGAUACCUUGGUGGGUAGAGGGCUUGCUGAGCAAGGAAAGCAUCCGAGUUUGGAUCUGCAGGCCCAGCUCCGAUCCCUGCAGGUGUGGUGACUGCCUGUAUUCCCAGGCCAUAAAGAUGAGGGCUCCAGGAGCAGGCUGGCCGGCUGGAGUCUACAUUCUGGGUCACUGAAGGAUCAGCUUUCAGUACGUAAGGUGGAAGAGCGGCCAAGGAAGAAACCCAGGGGCAGCCUCUGAUCCACACGUGCAUGCGUGUGCACACACACGGGGAAACAUGCAAGCAUUCAAAUAAAGACUUUCUUUGAAA